AUGCGAAAUUCCAAGCUGAGAGGUGUUCUUCUGGCAUGUGCCAAGUCCGUUCACACUCUUUCGUACAGUAACAACAGCAAGAACCUUAUUCUUCUUCUUCCUUCGAAACGACGGCGGACCACUCCUAUCUGUAACCUUCUGCUGCUACUCUCCAAUUCAUCAGUAUAUGGUAAUGGCGGGAUUUUAGCUCCCGAAGCGCGAAAUUUCAGUGGCUAUGCGGUCGAGCAGUUCUCUGACGAUGAGUACGAGUGCGAUUUCGAGGGCAAUACGGCAUCAUCUUCAGUUGCUAACAUUGACGAAUGGAAAUGGAAACUCAGCAUGCUACUACGCAAUGAAAAUGAGCAAGAGAUUGUGUCUAGAGAUAAAAGAGAUAGGAGAGACUAUGAGCAAAUAUCAAACCUUGCAAGGAGAAUGGGGCUAUAUAGUGAAAUGUAUGGAAAAGUGGUGGUUGCAAGCAAGGUUCCUCUUCCUAACUAUAGGCCAGAUUUGGACGAUAAACGGCCACAAAGGGAGGUGGUUAUCCCAUUAAGCUUGCAAAGGAGGGUGGAAAGUUUAUUGCAAGAACACCUUGAUAGACUUCAGUUAAGUUCUGGAAGUGUCAAAGACAACUCAAAUGUUUCCAAGUCCAUUGACCAGGUUGAAGAUUUGAAUACAGAGGAGAAUCCCGAUUCUUUUCCUGAUCGAUCAGUCAUGGAAAAGGUUCUUCAGAGGAAGAGUUUGAGAAUGCGUAAUAUGCAAAGGGCUUGGCAGGAAUCACCUGAAGGCAGGAGGAUGUUGGACUUCCGGAAAUCUUUGCCUUCAUUUAAGGAAAAGGAACGACUGCUUCAAGCAAUAGCACAUAAUCAGGUAAUAGUAAUAUCUGGGGAGACUGGAUGUGGUAAAACCACUCAACUUCCGCAGUAUAUUUUAGAAUCUGAAAUAGAAUCUGGUCGUGGAGCUUUCUGCAGCAUAAUUUGCACUCAGCCUCGAAGGAUAUCUGCUAUGUCUGUUUCUGAAAGAGUGUCUGCAGAGAGAGGAGAGCCUCUUGGUGAAACAGUUGGCUAUAAAGUUCGAUUAGAAGGUAUGAAAGGAAAAAAUACCCAUCUGCUUUUUUGUACGAGUGGUAUUUUACUUCGGCGGCUGCUAAGUGACCGCAACUUGGAUGGCAUAACCCAUGUUUUUGUUGAUGAAAUUCAUGAGCGAGGCAUGAAUGAAGACUUCCUGUUAAUUGUGUUGAAGGAUCUGCUUCCACGGCGUCGCGAUUUGAGAUUAAUAUUAAUGAGUGCAACUCUGAAUGCUGAAUUGUUUUCUAAGUUCUAUGGUGGAGCACCGACAAUUCACAUUCCAGGCUUUACAUAUCCUGUAAGAGAACACUAUUUAGAAGACGUACUGGAAAUGACUGGAUAUAAGUUGACUUCUUUUAACCAAAUUGAUGAUUAUGGCCAAGAGAAAUUGUGGAAAACACAAAAACAGCUGGUGCCACGGAAGAAGAAAAAUCAGAUAACUACUCUUGUUGAGGAUGCCCUCAAUAACUCUAGCUUUGGAAACUAUAGCUCCAGGGCAUGUGAUUCGCUGGCUUGCUGGGUGCCUGACAGUAUAGGAUUUAAUCUUAUUGAGGCAAUUCUAUGCCAUAUAUGUCGAAAAGAACGACCAGGGGCUGUGUUAGUAUUCAUGACUGGCUGGGAGGACAUUAGCUGUUUGAGGGAUCAACUUAAAGCUCAUCCGCUUUUAGGAGAUCCAAACAGGGUUCUAGUUUUAACAUGCCAUGGUUCUAUGGCAACAUCUGAACAGAAACUCAUAUUUGAGAGACCCCUUGCUAACAUCCGUAAAAUAGUUCUGGCUACAAAUAUGGCAGAGGCAAGUAUUACAAUUAAUGACGUUGUUUUCGUUGUUGAUUGUGGAAAAGCAAAAGAAACCACCUAUGAUGCUUUGAACAAUACUCCUUGUCUGCUACCUUCUUGGAUAUCUCAAGCAUCUGCUCGGCAAAGAAGGGGCAGGGCUGGCCGUGUGCAGCCAGGCGAAUGUUACCAUCUAUAUCCAAAAUGUGUUUAUGAAGCUUUCGCUGAAUAUCAACUUCCUGAACUGUUACGGACUCCCUUGAAUUCUCUUUGCUUGCAAAUCAAAAGCUUGCAGGUUGGGAGUAUAGGAGAAUUCUUGUCAGCUGCCCUGCAGCCACCAGAACCCUUGGCUGUUCAAAAUGCUAUUGAUUUCUUGAAAAUGAUUGGGGCACUGGAUGAGAGAGAGAAUUUGACAAAUCUUGGAAAAUAUUUGUCAAUGCUUCCAGUAGAUCCCAAGCUGGGAAAAAUGUUGGUCAUGGGUGCAAUUUUCCGCUGCUUUGAUCCUGUCUUAACUGUAGUAUCUGGGCUUAGUGUCAGGGAUCCUUUCCUUUUGCCUCAAGACAAAAAGGAUUUGGCAGGGACAGCGAAAUCCAGAUUCUCUGCAAAAGACUACAGUGAUCACAUGGCUCUUGUUCGUGCUUACGAAGGAUGGAAAGAUGCAGAGAGGGAAGGUUCAGCAUAUGAGUAUUGCUGGAGAAAUUUCCUCUCUGCACAAACGCUUCAGGCCAUCCAUUCUCUUCGGAAGCAGUUCAGUUUCAUCUUAAGAGAUACUGGCCUUUUAGAUGCUGAUGCAGGAGCCAACAACAGAUUAAGUAAUAACCAGUCAUUGGUGCGUGCAAUCAUAUGUUGUGGGCUCUUUCCUGGCAUAGCUUCUGUUGUGCACAGGGAGACGUCCAUGUCUUUCAAAACUAUGGAUGAUGGCCAAGUUCUAUUAUAUGCAAAUUCUGUGAAUGCACGCUAUCAGUCAAUCCCUUACCCAUGGCUGAUUUUUGGUGAAAAAGUAAAGGUCAAUACAGUUUUCAUUCGCGAUUCCACUGGUGUAUCUGAUUCAAUAAUGAUCCUUUUUGGUGGUGCACUGUGCCAUGGGGUACAGCCUGGACAUUUGAAAAUGUUGGGAGGGUAUGUUGAUUUCUUCAUGGAUCCAAUUUUAGCGGAUUGCUAUUUGAAGGUUAAGGAAGAACUCGAUAAGCUUCUUCAGAAGAAGCUUCAAGAUCCGAGCCUCGACAUUUUCAAGGAGGGAAAGUACCUUAUGCUGGCCGUUCAGGAGCUGGUAUCAGGAGAUCAAUGUGAAGGAAGAUUUGUUUUUGGCCGUGAAAGCAAGAAGCCCAAGGUGUCUAGUGAAGACAGAUUUACAAAGGAUGGAACAAAUCCAAAGAGCUUGCUACAAACUCUGUUGAUGAGAGCAGGUCAUUCCCCACCAAAAUACAAAACAAAGCACCUUAAGACAAAUGAGUUUAGGGCGCUGGUUGAAUUCAAGGGAAUGCAGUUUGUGGGGAAACCCAAAAGAAACAAGCAGCUAGCAGAAAAGGAUGCUGCCAUAGAGGCAUUGGCCUGGUUGACACACACUUCUGACAAUGUCAGAGACGAAAAUGAUGACUCCCCACCUGAUGUUACAAACAAUAUGCUAAAACUUCUAGGGAAGCGUCGAAGAUCAAAGGGUCGCCCUGGUUGAGACAGGGCUCUAUGGUCACUUGUUGGUGGACCCCACUCUGCAUGUUGAUUAAUUUGCAGAAAAGAUAGAAAAGGGUGCUGGGGGAACAAUUGAGUCAUUUUUGUGGCUUGUCAUGCAAUAUGAGUUUGCAUUUUUGCAGUGUUGGCCAGGAACAUGGAAAUAUACAGCUAACCCAGAUGUUGAAAGAAUGGUAGGACUCUCAGCCCUCAGGCGGCCAUGGGUGCAUGAUACCAAGACAGAGGAACUUGAAAAGUUUGUAGAGCUCAAGGUUAUCUUUUAACUUUUUGUAAAAGUUUUGUAAAGCAGUUGGCACAUUCAUUUAGAGGCAUCAUCUAUAGGCAAAUAAGUUAUAGGAAUCUGUAUGAUUGUUUCCUAUCAUGUUGCACUAUCUGAUUAUAGGGGUGACUGGGUGAGAAAUGCUUGGAGGACUUUAACGUGAUUUGAGAGUGAUGCUAAGCUAGUCACUGAUGCUAUCAAUGGAGGUCCUCUUCACUUUGGUGAUCCAUUGCUAUUUUCCUUGAUUCCAAAAGGUCUAAGCAAAUGACAUAUUUGGAGAAGCUAAUGGUUGGGUGCACCAACUAGCUUCCUGGGGUUCUCGCCAUGUCAUCUCCUCUCAUUCUUGUUAUAUUUUCUGCACUACAAUUGUUCUUGAAAUAUCUGAAAUUGUCGCCUCUGUUCUGAUGUACUAAUCAGUUUGGGUGGAUUGUGCU